UAUCCAGAACAGAGCACAACUGAACCACAAUAUUCUUGCUCGCCCUGGCUAGGUAAAGUAUAGAAGAACAAGCGAUCACUUGAACUUGCCUGAACUACUUUGAUAAUUUGUUUUCUUCAUUCCCUGGAUCUUUGCAUCGAUUUGUCUUGCUUCCAGGUAUUGACUUCAGUCACAUCUCAGAAGGCUUUCUUUUUUCUCUCCAUUUCGCACAGCACAGACGUGUGAGAGGUGGUCUUCAUUCAACGAGUGCAGUUCUACAGCGCUUUUCUUCAAGUGGAAUAUUAGACAUACGCUAAAGAUCAGCCGUGUUAUUUUCUAAUGUAACUAAUAAUCAAAAUGAUUAGAAGGUUUGAUAGUUGUUGACAGUACGUAAUGAGUGGUAAACCACCAGGCGUGAUUACGUGUCCCUUGAACUUGUUGCUGCUCUUUUGAAACCUUUAUGAAGGGAUUCUCCAGUGCUUGGUGCUUGGGAUGCAAUGCAGCUCUCCUAACCGACAUAAGGAAAACAAGGAUAAGAAACAUAUAUGAACAGAUCGUAGAAGAACUAUAAUUUCAAAACUCUUCAUGUUUUCCAUUCAAAUUAAUAGACUUUCUGUAGAGAUGUCCUUUCAUCGACUCUGUGCUUCUGUAAUUCCCCAGUGAGGAUCGGUUGAUUGCUUUGGCUGGAGUUAGGUGUAGCAAACAGGUCGAAAUGGCAGCGGGAGUAGCAGCGUGGCUUCCCUUUGCCCGAGCAGCGGCCAUAGGAUGGAUGCCAGUAGCCAGUGCCCCUAUGCCAUUAGCACCCAGAGAAAAAAGGAGAGCACAGGACGGCUUUAUUAUCCUCAACGUAAGUGGGACCAAGUUUCAAACCUGGAGGAGUACUUUGGAGAGGUACCCGGACACCUUACUUGGAAGCACAGAGAAGGACUUCUUUUUUAAUGAGGAAAUUAAUGAGUAUUUCUUUGACCGAGACCCAGACAUUUUCAGGCACAUACUUAAUUUCUACCGCACUGGUAAAUUGCACUACCCACGGCAUGAAUGCAUUUCUGCAUACGACGAGGAGCUAUCCUUUUUCGGCAUAAUCCCUGAGAUUAUUGGUGACUGUUGUUAUGAAGAAUAUAAGGAUCGCAGGCGAGAGAAUGCAGAGAGAAUCCAAGACGACGCUGAUGACGAGAAUAACAAAGAGGGAGUUUUGCCGGAUAUGACCCUACGCCAAUCAAUGUGGCGGGCAUUUGAAAACCCACACACCAGCACUUUAGCUCUUGUAUUUUAUUAUGUCACUGGCUUUUUCAUCGCUGUUUCAGUCAUAGCCAAUGUGGUGGAAACUGUACCCUGUAGGGCUUCACCUGGCAUGAUUAAGGAUUUGCCCUGUGGGGAGCGCUAUGCCUUGGCAUUUUUUUGUCUCGAUACUGCAUGUGUUAUGAUAUUUACAGUCGAAUAUCUACUUCGCUUAAUCGCAGCACCCAGUCGUUACAGAUUUGUCCGAAGUGUGAUGAGCAUCAUUGACGUGGUUGCCAUCAUGCCCUAUUAUAUUGGGUUGGUCAUGACUGACAACGAGGACGUGAGUGGGGCCUUUGUAACCCUAAGGGUUUUCAGGGUCUUCCGGAUUUUUAAAUUUUCACGCCAUUCACAGGGACUGCGUAUCUUGGGUUACACAUUGAAGAGUUGUGCAUCUGAGCUAGGAUUCCUGCUUUUCUCGCUGACCAUGGCCAUUAUCAUCUUUGCUACAGUGAUGUUCUACGCAGAGAAAGGCUCCACAGCCAGCAAGUUCACCAGUAUUCCUGCAGCUUUCUGGUAUACUAUCGUUACCAUGACUACACUUGGAUAUGGUGACAUGGUUCCCAAGACGAUUGUAGGGAAGAUUGUUGGCUCAGUGUGCUCUCUGAGUGGAGUGCUAGUUAUUGCUUUGCCUGUUCCUGUGAUUGUCUCCAACUUCAGCAGAAUAUAUCACCAGAAUCAGAGAGCUGACAAGCGCAGAGCUCAGAAGGCCUCAAAAGAAGCAGGACAGGCCUUCCUUAGUAAAACCAACCUAUCGUUUGAAAAAGAGCAUCAUCACUUACUGCACUGCCUAGAGAAAACCACGAAUCACAAGUUUGUGGAUGAAGAGACCUAUGAGAAGAACUGCAUGGAAGUUUCGUCAGUGAACCCUCCAGGCUCUCGCUGCUCGUCCAUCUCGUCUCAGCAUGGGCUCACCUCCACUUGCUGCUCUAGAAGGAACAAGAAGACCUUCCGCCUCCCCAACUCCAGCCAUGCGGGGAGCUUGCAGGAGCUCAGUACGAUACAGAUCCGGGAGAGACCACUGAUAUCUAACAGCCGUUCCAGUUUAAAUGCCAAGAUGGAAGACACAGUCCAACAGAACUCUGAGCACCCGUAUGUCACCGCAGCAAUAAUAAGCAUCCGAACUCCACCUGUGACAUCACCUGAAGGGAACAACACGUCAGACUCUCCGGACUACUCUCAGCGCAACAUAGUGAAAGUAUCAGCAUUAUAAACUUUUUUUUCUGGACACUGAAAAAGGCCUCAAACGCACCUGUGCUGGUUCUGUCCAGUUUUUUUGUGAUAGGUCUGACUAGGAAGAAAGAAAGAAAUUCAGAGCUUUUAUUUUCCUGAGUGAAAGUUGAGGCUGUGUGCACAGUUUUUGAGGGAAUCACAUGUUUAACCCUUUACACUUUGUAUUUUGUGUACACCCGAGUGGUUGGACCUCCCCAAGUGAAACUGAGAUGGUGACAAAUAUUCUCUGACAGUGAAAUCAGAUGAGCACAAUGAGACUUUAGGUGUUGAUGCUUCUUUCAUUAGAAAUUGUGUGUGUCUUUUAAUACCUGGUCUGUGACUUGAAGGAAAAUAUCAGCAGCAACUCUGGGCUCAUCAAGUAAAACUUUAGAUUUAUUUAAAAUGAUAUGGGGUUAGGAGGAUCCUUGCUGAGCACACUGAACAUGAUGCAACACCACCAUCCUAGUGCAUGCGCUAUAUAGAGUAUCUGCAGCUCUAACUCAACAGUAAACCUUUCCUAAUAGGCACGUGGUUUAUCCCGAAGCCAAUUUGUGCCAAUAUAUGUGGCUCUCAAGAUGGUUCCUGCAAUGGUUACUGAACUAAUUGCAUACUUUACUGUACAUACUAUUUUCUGUAUAUUCAGUAUUUUACACUAAAACAUUGUUUAGCAAAUCAGUGGCAAAAGAAAAUUCUGUGAUAUUGGUUACGUAUACAUAUAGUAAGAGUAAUAUGACAAAGGACUUUGGUAUGGGAAGGCAAAGGUGGUAUCAUUCAUAGAUCAUAACAGACACACAAACUAGGCUUUAUUUAUUUUCUCAUUUGUUGUGUGUCGGAGCCCAUAGAUAAACAUGAACUUCCCACUUUUAAAUCGGAUUUCAUGGGCCUUUCUGGGUGUUUUAAUACAUCAAGCAUAGUGGUGACUUUGUCCCUUGUAAAAUACAAGCUUCUUCAUUCAGGACUAACAGAUUUUUUAGUAGGGACUGUAUAUUGUGGUAUGAAAUGUUUUCAAGUGUUGAAGUAAAUACUGUCUAAAGUGUACAUUUUAAAUAUGUAAUGAAGUUUAAAACAUGCUUCUCCUAAAAAUACCACAAAUAACAUGAGUUGUGAUAUUUUGUGUGAAAGUACCCAUUUAAAAUAUACAUAAAAAAAUAUGUUCUGAACCUAAAUGAAUUGUGCCGUGUGGUCAAACGUGUUUUAAGAUCUUUCCUUCAGAUACACUAGAAUGCAGCUCAGCAUUUAACCCUCCUAUUAGGUUUCGGGUCUAUUUGACCUGACUCUAGUUUCCAAUUAGCUUAAAUGCUAUUUUUCUUUUCAUUUUCUGUAUAAUGUUUUAUGACUUUUCCUAAAUUGGGGUCAUGAACUUAUACAUAGAAAACAGAACCUUUGUUAUAUAUAUAUAUUUUUUUUUAGAACAGGUCAUGUAUACAAAUAAGAUGUUUCGGGUCACUGUGACCCAUGGCAUUUAUCUAUGUAGAUUUGUGUGCAGGAAUAAAACAAACUUCUUUAAUUUGUUUUUUUUAUUAUUAUAUUUGUAUUAUUGUUUCUGGAAAUUGCUGCACCUGUCUGGAGAUAUUUAUAAACAAAAAAAACAAACAAUAUAGAUCUACAAGAAAGAGCCUAAUUUUAUCUGCCAGUAUUGCAACAGCAUCUCACUGGUAAAGACAUUCCAAAAUGAGGAGCUCCCAGGUUGGCAGUCAGAUAAGUUUUAUCAUAGCUCCUGGACUAAAACAGCAUAAAAGAGUAAAAGCUUUGCAAAUAAAAACAUUUAAUCAAUUUAAGGCUGUUUAAAUUAGUUUGAAAUUGCAUCGGGUCAAUAUGACCCAAAACAUAACAGAGGUACCUAAAUUCUGAACAUAAUAGGAGGGUUAAAUUAAAGGCUCUUCUGCAACAUCAUUUAUUUGAUCAUUUCUUGUAAAAUAUACUUACUGCUCCCAAUAAUAAGAGUUAAUUAUUUGGGACUAGGGAGUAGAUUUAAUCUAAAACUAAGGCAGCUUGUGCAUUCUGAGAAGCUGCUGAAUUGUACAGCUUUUCAGAUUGUUUCUCUGUAUAUGUAGCUGUACGCAGCAUCAAAUCUAACAAUUCCUGAAAUGUGGGGAGCCACAAAAGACUGCUUUAACAAUAUAGAAUAAUAGUAGGUUGGCUCAAUAAUUUAAAAUAGGAUGAAAAACAAAUGCCUGUAGAUCUUUUUUAUUAUUAUUUGGGGAGGGUGAAAAAUGUGAUGCAGGUUGUAAUGUUUCUUUCCUUUCUUAGUUAAUUCUAUUAUAACGUAGGCUACUCUAUGUUUGCGUAGCUGAACUUAUAUUUUCAUUUAUUUUACAAUAUUCAGAAGAUUACAAUGCUGCACAUUACAACAGGGGCAUUUAGUGUUCAACCUAUAGUACAUCUAAAAAUAAGAUGCUUAAAAUAUUUCAUUUUGAAGUACUGCAGCUUUGAUGCUAUCCUGAAUCUAUUGUGACUAUAGUUUUUGUACCUUUGAUGCACUGCCAGUUUUCAAAGAUUUGCAUUCACUGUCUUUUUAAGGCUUGAGUUAUCCAUCCCUCCAUAUUGUGUUUUACUAGAAAGAGAAGCAAUUAAAAUUCUUACAUGGGAUACAAUGUCUAACUGAAUGCAAAAAUAUUGUUGAAGUUUGUUUGCUAAAAUUGAACUCUCCAUAAAACAAUAAAAUAAUUAUCUGUGUAUAAAGGCUAAACCCUUUUUUUAUUUAUGGAAAACACAACAUGUACAUUAAUUUUUAAAAACAUAUUGAAACUCUGUGCAGGAUUUACAGAACUAGGAAUAACAUUGUCCUGUUUCUUCUAAAUUCUGUGAACCUUAACAAAAGAUGGAAUUCUCUUUUCUUUUGUUUUCUGUCAACAGAUGCAAAGACAAAUUAUGUGAGAAAAGAUCUAUAUUCCUUACUGAAUACAACAAAACUAUAUUGGUUACUGGAAUGCCAAUGGAAGCACCAGUGAACCUAUUUACUAAGUAUGCAAUAAUGAUGAGUGUAAUUUGACCGUACCCUUACCUUAUUAUGAUGCGAUCAUUCUGAGUGGUUUGUAAAUGCAAUUACUCAAAUACCGUUUAGUGUGUUUGUUUGUUAUGAUACACCUGUGGUAAGGGGCUUUCGCCUGAGUUGGAGAGAUUUUCAGUUAGUGACCUUUCAUAGAUUUAUGCAACAAGAUCAGCCAAAGUAUCUUAAAAGCAGUAAGAUCCAGCUGAAUUUAGCGAUCUGCCACUUUGGUUCAAGAUUCCUUUUAUUUCAAUGCUGUGCACUAGAUGGUGCUGGCACAUACAAAUAGAAAGACACAUUAGCUGAUCUAGCCCAUUAGAACUGAAGAGUAGCUUCUGAACUCAUAGACAAAGCACAUUAUCACAGGCUGAUCAACAAAAUGUAUAUAUUUGAAUCAUUGCAAUAAGAACCACUCAGAAUGCGUUUCUUCUGUGGUUUGUAUUCAUUAUUUCCACAGGAACUUAUGUUGGGUACAGUGCAGAAACUAUCUGUACAAUGUGGAACGUAAUGAAUGUUAUUGUUGCUGUGAAAAAUAUAGAUUUCCAAGUAUCAUACAAAUAAUUACACCAGCAUUGUGAUUCAUCCUUCUUCAGAAAUGUAAUUUGAAGCUUUAAAUAGUUUAUUGUAUAUUCUUUACAGUUGAUGUUAUUAAAAACUAUUACUCUGUAUACACAAUCUUUAAAAAAAAAUGUGGUCGGACACCAGAAUUCAGGCAGAACUUGACAAAGAGAAUGCUCUCCUGUACUUGC